AUGGCCAGGCACCAGAAACUGAAACGAAGUUCAACUACAACAAAAGCUAUUCAUCCUAAUACCAUCCAGAUACAGGAGUUUCAGGACUUGAUGGACAAGGAGACCAAAAAGGCAGAAUCAUUGAAAAUAGCAUAUAGCCAACAAAACGUUCAAUUAGCCAAGGAUAACUCGUCAUUAAGAUUGAAGAUUAACGAGAUGGAUAAAAAAUUAAGUCAAUUGAUUCAAGAAAACGUCAUUCUUCGAUCAAAAUUAUCUCUUACUGACAUUCAAUACAAAGAAAAAUUAUCUCAGCAGAUUCAAACGUUGGAAGAUGGUGUCGCUCAAAGAUUUGAAGAAAUCUUGUACAUAUUUGACAAUAUUAGAACAAAGGAGAAUCUAGUAGGCGUUUCAUCCGAUAAUUCUUCAACUCAGGAUUCCAGACUAAGGUCGAUAUUGAACCAUCGUAAAAGAAGCAGAAGUUCUACUUCCUUACAAUUUAAUGAAAUUACGACUACUUUUGAGGCAUCAACAGAAUCUAACAGUGACCUUGUAACAAAGAGAAGAAGAAAAAGCUCGAGACGACAGUCCAUGUUUGUUCCAAGUGAUUUUGCCUUCCCAAACGAUGAAGACUUACCAAUUGAAAAGCGUAAUGAGCAGGAGUCGCUUUCUCCCUCUAAAUCAGAAACGUAUGAAACAAACGACAUCCCAGUGGAUGAAGUAUUAAAACAACAGGAUAAAGAAAUGAACGCAAUAUCAAAUAACGAGGACUAUAAAGAAGAUGCUGAUAAUAAUCAUAAUACCAAUACUAAUGAAAAUUCAGUAAAUUUCACCAAUUCAAUUACUGAUUAUUCGAUCCCUGAAGAAAAAGUCAACUCCACAAAGGACAAUAACUCAUCUUCUAAGAUUGAAGUAUUCAAAGAUGAUUCAUUUGAAGCAAAUGGUAUUGAAGUAAUGGAAAAUCCAUCUUCAGACAAUAUAUUAAAUAACAGCGGUAUUCUGCAGAUUGACCAACAAAAUAAAAUAAAGCAUUCAAUGAAACCAAGGAAACCAAUGAACAAGAAGAAAAUAAUGGAUGAAGUUAUGCCAACUAGUAACCACGAUAACUCUCGUGAUCUAGAUUUUAUACAACCAAGAAGAACUCGUGGGAAAACUGUUGAUUAUAAAUUACCUUCAUUGAGAGCUAAAAUGAGAAGGCCUACUGAAAAGCUCGUGGAUGCAACGACAGUGACAAAUAUACAUGACUUACAAGUGAAAUAUAAGCAAAAUUUACCAAAGAUUGAAGCUCAUAAUGCAAACGAUAACGAUCCAAAUCCCAAAUGUGAAAAAGCUACCAAGCAAUCGCCUACUAGCUCAUUAUCUAGACCUCUAUUAAAAACUGCAUCUCCAAAGAAUGAGGUCGUCAAGGCAAUAUCACCAAAUAAAAAUGGAGCUGCCCUGUCCGAUAUUACAAAGAAGUCUAAUAUCAAAUCAUCGAAUCCUAAAAGAAAAUUAUAUAAGAAAGCUGUUAUCAAUGAUAUAUAUGAUGUUAAAAUUGGACCAACAGGUGGUAAUGCCGUGCACAAUACUGAUUCAUCAACUUCUCCCAGCAGUAACAGAUCUGUCAGUUUCCGUCUGAAUGAUGAAGAUUUAUCAGUAUUCGACCUUAUAGGCUCACAUCAUUCAAAACACACACCAAGAACCUACCGAACUAAAACAAAACAUAAAUGA